CUUUCCGGGGUGUUGCCCAAAUAAAACACUGCCAAACCAAUUGACGGAAAUACUGGAACGUAGCUAGCGGUUGAGUUUUCUAGCUGAAACAUCGCACCAUUGUAUGAGGUAGAUUGUUUUUCCAUCAUGAUACUAACUCCCGGUGGAUGUAGAACGGAAUAACAUCAAAGAAGACUAGCUCUUUGAUCGCUUUGUAGGGGAAAGAUGUCCAAUAUACUUGAUGCUGCGUCCAGAGUGAAAUGGGACCGGGCGACUGCAGCGAAGCGAGCUAUCUUUCUCGCGGCCGCUGCCUAUGGGGUGAAAACCCUGUACCCCAUCGUCUGCAGACAAUUCGUGAAACGGAAAGAAUGCAGGAAUAGAAGGGGGUCUAAAGGAGAGGAAAAUGGUUCGACGGUGAAAUCACAAACAGAUGCACUGAGUCAUAAAAAGUCACCUGGUGUAAACGCUGAAUUUUUUAAGCAGAUACUUGAACUCAUUAAAAUUCUCUUUCCAAAGCUUGUCUCCAAAGAGCUUGGAUUGCUGUCUCUGCAUUCGGUCGCGUUGAUUUCCCGGACGUUUCUGUCUAUCUAUGUCGCAGGCUUGGAUGGCAAGAUUGUGAAAACAAUCGUUGAGAAAGAACCACGAAGCUUCAUCAUCCAGCUGAUGAAAUGGCUCCUUAUUGCUAUCCCGGCCACAUUCGUGAACAGUGUUAUCCGCUACCUGGAAUGCAAGCUGGCUCUCGCCUUCCGCACACGGCUAGUGGACCAUGCCUACACCACCUAUUUCACAGACCAGACCUACUACAAAGUUAGCAACAUGGACGGGAGACUGACCAACCCGGACCAGUCUCUUACCGAGGACGUAAUGAUGUUUUCCCAAUCCGUGGCGCAUCUCUACUCGAACCUCACUAAGCCCAUCUUGGAUGUGAUACUCACCUCCUACACCCUCAUCCAGACGGCCCGGUCCAGGGGGGCCAACGCCAGCGGGCCGACCCUGCUGGCUGGGUUGGUGGUGUUUUGCACGGCCAAGGUUCUGAGGGCCUGCUCGCCGAAAUUCGGAAAACUAGUAGCUGAAGAGGCCCACAGGAAAGGCCUUUUGCGCUAUGUGCAUUCCAGGAUCAUUGCCAAUGCAGAGGAGAUCGCCUUCUACAGGGGCCACAAGGUGGAGAUGCGUCAGCUGCAGAAGUGCUACCGGGCCCUGGCGGAGCAGAUGAACUUGAUCCUGUCCAAGCGUCUGUGGUACAUCAUGAUAGAGCAGUUCCUCAUGAAGUACGUGUGGAGUAGCUGUGGACUGGUCAUGGUGGCUGUGCCCAUCAUCACAGCUACUGGCUUCGCUGACAGCGAAACCGCCGACGGUCAGACUCAGGUGCUGGUGAGCGAGAGGACAGAGGCUUUCACCACUGCACGCAAUCUCCUGGCCUCUGGAGCUGAUGCCAUCGAGAGAAUCAUGUCCUCCUACAAAGAGGUCACAGAGCUGGCAGGCUACACAACGCGCGUCUACAACAUGUUCCUGGUGUUUGGCGAGGUGCAGAGGGGCAUGUACAAGCGCUCGUCCACAUCUACCACGGGAACAGGAGAGAAGAAGAACGUGGCCAGGCCAGAGAUGCACAUCGAUGGGCCUUUGGAAAUCAAAGGAAGAGUCAUCGAUGUGGACAAUGGCAUCGUGUGUGAGAGUGUCCCUAUCAUCACUCCCAAUGGAGACAUAGUGGUCUCCAGUCUCAACUUCAAGGUGGAGGAAGGUAUGCACCUGUUGAUCACAGGUCCUAACGGCUGUGGGAAGAGUUCUCUGUUCAGGAUCCUCAGUGGGCUGUGGCCUGUCUAUGGAGGGCUGCUGCACAAACCCUCCCCACAACACAUGUUCUACAUACCACAAAGGCCGUACAUGUCCAUUGGAACCCUGAGAGACCAGGUGAUCUACCCAGACUCUCUAAAGGACAUGCAUGACCGAGGCUACAGAGACAAGGACCUAGAGGUCAUACUGGACAUCGUUAACCUCAACCAGAUAGUGACCCGCGAGGGCGGUUGGGAUGCAGAGAUGGACUGGAAGGAUGUGUUGUCUGGGGGAGAGAAACAGAGGAUGGGCAUGGCUCGCAUGUUCUACAACAGGCCAAAGUAUGCCCUGUUGGAUGAGUGCACCAGUGCUGUCAGCAUUGACGUGGAGGGAAAAAUAUUCCAGGCUGCAAAGGAUGCUGGGAUAUCAUUACUGUCAAUCACCCACAGGCCUUCCCUCUGGAAGUACCACACCCACCUGUUACAGUUUGAUGGUGAGGGAGGAUGGAGGUUCGAGCAGCUGGACACCGCUACUCGUCUCUCCCUGACCGAGGAGAAGCAGCGCCUCGAAUCCUCGCUUGCAGGAAUACCCAAGAUGCAACACAGACUCAACGAACUCUGUAAGAUCCUGGGAGAGGACUCAGUCCUCAAAACAGCCGACGCAGCAAAGGACUGAAAGAAGAGGAAUGAAAGAAAGAGCGAGAUGUGGAUGUUCAGGAAAGUCAAAGUAUUCUUUUUCUUUGUUUCAACGCACACCGACCGCAUAUUCCCAUACGUUUCCAGUGUUGGGGUUGAAUUUGAAGAAUUCCUCAACAAUGUUGUUUUAUAGAUGUUUUCAUCGCUGGAAUAGUUGAGACAUAAAAUCUCUGACAAGCUGAGACUCACAUUUUAUUUGGUUGAACAAUGAAGUAAAAAAUAUUGUUCAUUUUUAGCACUUUACUCAAGUUGAGGAAAUGUAAAUUGUUAUUGCCGUAGUAGUUAUCAAGUGAAGUAGUAGGCUUGUGUUUUUUUUGUGAGACGGUAUUUUCCUUAUUUUAUUGUGUAGAUUUGUUUGUGUUAAUAAAAAACUACUAUGUA